AUGAAAGCACAUUAAAUUCCAAGACUAUUUUGUGUUGCAGAUUACGAUAAAGAAAAUUUUUAUUGUGCACCUAAACAUCAAAGAGUUUAAUCAUCAGUUGCCAUAAGAGAAAAAUCAUCAAAUUCAUUUCAUUCUAUGAUGCCUCCUUAAAAACCACAAUUGAAAUUAAAUGAAGAAUAAAGCAAUAGAACUAGAGAAGUUAUUUAACGAGUUAAAACAGACUCAAAUAUGCCGAUACCUUUAAGAAAUGGAAGAAAUCUCAGUAUUACUAGUGGAGUCACUACCAUUUUAAGUAAUAAAACAUUCUAAAUACCUUCAAAAAUUGAAAAUCCUCAACUAGUAAACGCAUAUAAAAAUGAAAUUGUCACAUACAUGAGAGACAGAAGUUGUAAAUCUAAUUUCAAAAUGACUGCUUUUCAACUUUAAACAGAAAUCACUGAAAAAAUGCGUAGUAUUCUACUAGAUUGGCUAGUAGAUGUACAUCAUAAAUUCAAAUUAGACCCAGAAACAUUGUUCCUGACAAUAUCAAUAGUUGAUAGAGUUCUUGAAUUACAUCAAAUAUCAAAAUCCAAAUUUCAAUUAUAUGGAGUUGCAGCAUUGUUUAUAGCAUCCAAAUACGAAGAAGUUUACUCUGUUCCUCAUGUAAGAGAUUUAGUUUAUGUUUGUGAUAAUGCAUAUCCUAAAGAAGAAAUACUAGAAGCAGAAGGAAAAAUCAUUUCAUUACUCUCCUUUGACUUGUUAACUACUAGUCCCUACAGAAUGUUGAACGUAUAUUAGGAGACAGCGAAAUUAGAAUAAAAAAACUUUAUGCUUUGUAGAUAUUUAAUUGAAUUGUCUUUGCUAGAGUAUCCAAUGAUCCAAUAUUCAAAUAAUGUGUUAGCAAGUGCAGCUAUUUAUUUAGUUCAUAAAAUUAGAAGAAUUCAUCCUUCUUGGAGUCAAGAUUAGAUGGUUUCAAUAACUGGUUUGAAUGAAAUUGACAUUAGAACCUGUGCAAAAGAAAUGUGUAAUCUUUUACAAGGUCAAGAUAAGAAACAAUUUAAUUCUAUAAGAAAAAAGUUCUCUUAACCAAAAUAUUUAGAAGUUUCAAAAAUUAGGAUUGAAAAGCGUCCAUCUUAAAACUUAUAAACACUCCAAUAUUGA